UCUCGCGCUCUCAUUGGCGGUCGGUCUGCCUCUUCUGGAGCCUCGGUGACUGCAUCAGUCGGGCGGGAAAUAGAUUUACCGGUGUGCAUCAGCGCCAUUAGGAGCACUGUCAAUUCCAGAGACGGAGGGAAUUUCAAUAUUUUUUUCCUCGCCUCCCGCGGCCGCCGUGAGCGUCAGCCCUUGGUGACAGAGGACGAAAAGUUUUGAGGGCGAGCGGCAGAAUGGCUGAGACCCUGGCCGGCGCGAUGCCUCCAGUCCCUCGCCAGGCCGGCUGUGGUCAGGUCACGGCCUCGUACGCGGAGUUCUUCACCUCGCUCCCGCAGAGCCACACGCCGCCCGCGCACUACGCCCACACGUACCCGCAGCACCACAGUCGCACCACCCGCAGCAGCAGCAGCCGCAGCAGCACGCGCCCCAGCAGGAGCGAGGGCCGAGGCGCCGCCGCCGCAGACUUCGGCCACAGCAGCAGCCCCCCCAGCGGCGUCUCCGUCGGCAGUUGCCUGAGCCAGCUGGGGCAGGUGGUGAGCAGAUCGAACCAGCUGGUCGACUACGGCGCCGCCUUCACGCCCGUGGUGACCGCCAACCUCCCUCCAGCAGGAGCCAGCGGCGUGAGCUCCAGCACCACCUGCAGCACCUCCACGGCGACCAGCAAGGGCGUCGCCAUGCAGCAGGCCGCCUACUGCGAGGAGGAGGAGCUGCCGUCCUGCGCCUACGCCCACGCCCACCCGCACCUGCACGGCCUGCCCUACCUCAUGCACG